UAGGGCAUUGGACGCUCGCGGCCGAGAAGCCGCUCGAAUCCCCUCCGAAAUCCCCAAGGCGAGAGCCCCAAAUCCGUCGCGAAACACUUCGAUUCCUUCAAUCCGGACCACGAACCCCUAGAUUUCCGCCAGUGAUUAGUCCAUCAAGCCAGCCUCUAUUCGUGUAGUGGUCAGUGGGUACUCAAUCCGCUGCCUGAGCGCUCUUAGAUCUUCCCCCCUGAUCCACCAGUUCUUGAUCUUGGUCAACAGAGGGCUACAAUCCCGUGAAUCUUGUUCCAGAGGCAUGGGCAAGCCUCUAAUCUACGAGGUACUGGAGAAGCCGGCGAGCAGCAGCGUCAUAGCCAUCUGCUCCUUGAUCUGGUACCUUAUCCAGAAGCGGGGCAUUGGGUACUCGGAUGUCGGCCUCAGCUACGAGGCCGUCAUGGAGGGAGGGCAGUACUGGAGGAUCAUCACCUCCGCCUUCUCCCACGUCAGCGUCAUCCACUUGGUCUUCAACAUGAGCGCGCUCUGGAGCCUCGGCGCCGUCGAGCAGCUGGGCCAUGCCGGCCUGGGCGUCCAGUACUACCUGCAUUACACGGUCGUGCUGGUGGUGCUAUCCGGUCUGCUCGUUCUCGGGAUAUACCACGUCAUGAUUCAGAGGUUCAAGGUGGAGUAUUUCAGGAGGGUCACCGCCGUCGGGUACUCGUGCGUCGUCUUCGGGUGGAUGACAAUCCUGGCUGCGAAGCAGCCGUCGUCGAAGCUCAACCUGUUCGGGGUCCUCUCGCUGCCGAUCAGCUUCGCACCGUUCGAGUCGCUGAUAUUCACCUCCAUCAUGGUUCCGCAGGCCAGCUUCAUUGGCCACCUGUCAGGGAUCAUCGUUGGCUACUCGAUUGCCUGGGGUCUGAUUCAUGGGAUGAAUAACUACUGGGCGAUCACAAUGCUCGGCUGGAUCGUGCUUGUGUUUGUCUUUAGCUUGAAGCGAACAGGGUCUAUGGAGCUGAGGUUUAUCGAGAUCGAGCCGGUUAUGGAUCCCUCGCUGCCGUCUGUCGGCGUGGUUGCCUCCAGAAAUGGUGGUAGGAUGGAUGGGCUGCCAGGAAGAGGAGUUGCAGACUUUGUAUGACCUGCCUGAAAUGGAUGUUAGAUAGGUCUUGUUUCAGUUUUGGAAAUUGUAUCAUGUUCACACAGUGCUAUACUCCCAAUCUGCUGUUAUGGGUUCCUUUGGUCAUCUCAGAUAUGAAGGUGCUAUUUUAUCUGCACCUGCAGAUGUAUGUUUAUUUCGACUGGGAAGCAAUUCAUUUGUGAAGGAUAGUAUACCAUGUAAAGAAAUGGGAAGCAUAUGAAAAAAAAAACAGCUGAGUUUGUUCAGUGUUGUGCA